CGAAGAGGGUGGGACUCGCGCGGCGAGCGGCGCGGACCGAGCUUGCCUCCUGCCCGCCUGCGGGCUGCGAGCCGGCUCUGCUACUUAGCGCAGCCCAGCCCGCAGUCCCUUGUCGAGGGAGCCUCCUGGCCCCGCUGUUCAGUGCUCUUGGGGAGAGGAGGGGUGACCCGGACAGGAUUGGCAAACUCCACCCUCCACUUGUUAUUUUGCUUAUUUUUCUUUGUGCGUGCCUGUUAGUUUGUUAAACCAGAUCUAGUCCCAGAGUCUUUCUCCUCCCUUUCCCCCCUCCUCCUCUUCCCCACUCCUCCCCCCACCAGCUCCUUGUACUUCCCCUCCUCCCUCCUACCCCUCUGCAGGAGACUCUCGCAGCGACGGAAAGUUGCAGCCCCUGAUACUGCCUUGCGGAUCUCCCGGCAGUGUCCAACCGCCGCCACUCCUCUCCGACUACGGCACCUCGGGGAUCUCCGCCCGCACCCUCGCUCAUUGCCGCCGGAUCGCCUGUGCCCAGAACGCCCCACCCAUGACGAUGCUCCUGGACGGAGGCCCGCAGUUCCCCGGGCUGGGAGUGGGCAGCUUCGGCGCGCCGCGCCAUCACGAGAUGCCCAACCGCGAGCCGGCGGGCAUGGGGUUGAAUCCCUUCGGGGACUCGCCCCACGCUGCCGCCGCCGCCGCCGCCGCCGCCGCUGCCUUCAAGCUGAGCCCCGCCACAGCUCACGAUCUAUCUUCUGGCCAGAGCUCGGCGUUCACGCCACAGGGUUCGGGUUACGCCAAUGCCUUGAGCCACCACCACCACCACCAUCACCACCAUCACCACGGCAGCCAGGUGCCCAGCUAUGGCGGUGCCGCCUCCGCUGCUUUCAACUCCACGCGCGACUUUCUGUUCCGCCAGCGCGGCUCCGGGUUUGGCGAGGCGGCCUCGGGUGGCGGGCAGCACGGGCUCUUCGCCGGCUCGGCGAGCAGCCUGCACGCUCCACCUGGCAUUCCCGAGCCCCCUAGCUACCUGAUCUUCCCUGGGCUGCAUGAGCAGGGCGCUGGGCACCCGUCGCCCACAGGGCACGUGGACAACAACCAGGUCCACCUGGGGCUGCGCGGGGAGCUGUUUGGCCGUGCGGACCCGUACCGCCCGGUGGCCAGCCCCCGCACGGACCCCUACACGGCGGGCGCGCAGUUCCCUAACUACAGCCCCAUGAACAUGAACAUGGGAGUGAACGUGGCGGCCCACCACGGGCCUGGUGCCUUCUUCCGUUAUAUGCGGCAGCCCAUCAAACAGGAGCUGUCGUGUAAGUGGAUCGACGAAGCUCAGCUGAGUCGGCCCAAGAAGAGCUGCGACCGGACCUUCAGUUCCAUGCAUGAGCUGGUGACACAUGUCACCAUGGAGCAUGUGGGGGGCCCGGAGCAGAACAACCACGUCUGCUACUGGGAGGAGUGCCCCCGCGAGGGCAAGUCCUUCAAGGCGAAGUACAAACUGGUCAACCACAUUCGCGUGCACACGGGCGAGAAGCCCUUCCCAUGUCCCUUCCCGGGCUGCGGGAAGAUCUUUGCCCGCUCUGAGAAUCUCAAGAUCCACAAGAGGACCCACACAGGUGAGAAACCUUUCAAAUGUGAAUUUGAAGGCUGUGACAGACGCUUUGCCAACAGCAGCGACCGCAAGAAGCACAUGCACGUGCACACCUCCGACAAACCCUAUAUCUGCAAAGUGUGCGACAAGUCCUACACGCAUCCGAGCUCCCUGCGCAAGCACAUGAAGGUUCAUGAAUCUCAAGGGUCAGAUUCCUCCCCUGCUGCCAGUUCAGGCUAUGAAUCUUCCACUCCACCCGCUAUAGCUUCUGCAAACAGUAAAGAUACCACUAAAACCCCUUCUGCAGUUCAAACUAGCACCAGCCACAACCCUGGACUUCCUCCCAAUUUUAACGAAUGGUACGUCUGAGGACAAACACAAACCCUGUUAACCAUAGAACGGACCAAAUGCAUUUUUUAAAAAACUGAGACCAAUCAGAUGGAAAUGGAGUUGUAAGGCAAGAGGCCAUGUAUAGGGCUACAUCUUGUUCAUUGUAAUUGUCCAGGAAGGUUUCUGGGUAAGAUCCAAAAGUAGCCAUGCCCUUUUCUCAGGAUUAGGAAAUCUGUUUUGGCAUUCGAAGGAUUUCAAUAUAUAUAUAUUUUUCACUGCUAUUUUCUCCCCUUUCUCUUGCUCUCUGCACACCCCAAACCUAAACUCCUCCAGUUCAUUUUAACACUUGUCCUGUUUCUUGAGAGGAAGUUAUAGAAGGCUUGGUGGUGGUGAUGUUAAACUGAUUGAAAGUCUUCGCCUUAGUGGUGAUUGUUUAAACUCUCACAGUCUUAAACCGUGCCAAAGUCCUGUUAUGUCUUGAACUUUUCCUCAAAGCAUUACUCUUUGUGAAUGUAUUUUUGUCUAAUGGGGUCGAAACUGUUGUUCAGUAUUUUUUCAGGCUGAGGGUGUGAUGUUACUCUACACAGAUUGUGACGUUUAGUAUACAGUUGCCUUUGUAAUAACUUUUUUGUAAAUACAUAUCCAUUGAUGCCAUAUUUAUCGUUGUAAUUUAAUUAUUGCUACAAGUGCCGGGAACUGAACAAUAUUUAUGGAUAAAUGUUUUCUAACAAAUUCUGUACAGCUUUUGAUUAUAACUGCUUUAGCAUUAAAUUUUAUUGUUUUGAAAGAACAACAAAAUUUACAAUUUU